AUUUUUCAUCACACCGUGUGCCUGUCAGCUUUCACUUUCCUUCCAACUUGAAGCAGACUGAAUAAUCCACUGAGAAGAAAGUUGCGAGUUGAAAAAUAUCGGAGAAAACCAUACAUACGUAGUUUUAACAGCAAUUAAAUCGAAAUUUUCCAAAGAAAAUCACGUUUAACACGAUAAAGCGAGUGCUAAAGUGGUGGUACGCAAUGUUUUGUGAAAGAGCCAUUGCACAAGUAGGUUUACACCGACUUUCCUUACAUGUUUAUAAGCACACCGACUUGGAAAACCUGUAAAAAGCAUACGAGCUAGCAGUCUGAACGCAGCAAAAUGGCAAUGAAUCAAGAAAAUUUUAAUGCCGAAAAGUUUGUGCAAGACUUAUUCGAAGAGGGGACAAAGAGGGCGUGCGACGAAACGGUGCAAAGAUUCAACGAAAACACAAAAUUGCCCGAAUUUUACGACGAAGAAUUGUACAAAAAGGGUCAGAAAUUUUUCAUCGACAACAUUUUUGCCCUCCUUUACGGAAAAUUUCUGGGCCUUCUCUCAGUUCUCUCAAUUCCUUCCAUCGUUCGUAUUUUAAUUUAUACAAAAAUGUCGGGAUCGCCUUUAACAGCCUACAGAAGAUAUCUUUCCACUGUGUUUCAUAUGGUUAUUUGGUACCAAAGCGACUUUACUCCAGGGUCAAAACUUUGGCAAUCGGUGAUUGAGGUAAAAGACAAACACAACUCAGUGAGCAAACGCUGCUGCAAUGCUGGUUUGGGCCGAAUCAAUCAAAAAGACAUGGCUUUGACGCAGUUUGGUUUCAUGGGCUAUGCGUUGGCUUUCAGGGAUAAAAUAGGCCUCCAUGAUGCUAAAGAGGAAGAGUUGAAGGCUCUUGUGCAUGUGUGGAGGGUCGUAGGAUACGUAAUGGGGAUCGAAGAUCGGUUUAACAUUUGUCGAGAUUCGGUUGAAGAAACGAGCGAAAUUUGCCGCAUUUUGGCUGACCAAAUCUUCCGACCUGCUAUUGAGAGAAAAGAUAAAGACUUUAUUGAGAUGGCGACACAUCUAUCGGACGGCAUGUGGGCAAUGAACCCCACUUUGAACGCCAAAAUUUACCUAAAUUUAGUUUACCGCUUACUGCAAUCACCGAAUAACAAUAAUCAGAGCAACAGCUUUCUAAUCGAGUUGAAUUUUUUUGAAACCGGUCUUUACUAUUUCCUGAUUUUGGUAAUUUGGAGCUUGCAGUUCAAUAUAUUCAGAAUUUAUCACAACUACACUCAGUACGUGUCCUUGUGGUUAAUGGACGUGUUCCCGUUUUUGGCUUACUAUAAAUUCGGUUAUGCCAACUCUCACGUUAAAGUUUUGCAGGGGAAUUUGAAAGAAAGUUGAACUUUUCGAGUUUUUAUUUCUUAAAAUUAAUAUAUACAGCUUUAACUACGUUAGAAUCGUUUUAAAAAUAAAUAAUUUGAAUAAAUAAUA